UUAAACAAGAUGAACAACAACAACAACAACAACCGAUCCAGUGGCCGCAAAUUAUCACCCAAAUGGAUACUCAUUUUCAGCAUCUUCACCUUCACAUUCAUCAUCUUUUUCAUCAACAGGGUGUGGGCCCCACUUGAUCUAGAUGGAACUGUUAUGCGUAGAAGAGAACAAGAGAUCAAGAUUGUGUCUCAUGAUUGCCUCACAAACAAGGAUAAUGAUUUAUUGGGAGCAAUUCAAAGAUCCGAUGAAGCGAUCCGGUCACUUGGAAACUCGAUUUCGAGGCUGCGAAUGGAGCUCCCUGGUGUCCAAAGUGUACCCGAGAAGGUUAACAAUAGCAAGCUGCAAACAAACAAGACAGUUUUCGAGCACACAAGAAGGAAAAAAGCGUUUGUGGUUAUCGGGAUCAACACUGCUUUUAGUAGCAGAAGAAGGCGUGAUUCGGUUAGAGAAACAUGGAUGCCUAGGGGCGAAAAGUUGAUUCAGCUCGAGAAGGAAAAGGGCAUUGUCGUCCGUUUCAUAAUUGGUCAUAGUGUGACAUCUAAAAGCAUUUUAGAUCGAGCUAUCGACUCUGAGGAUUCACAACAUAAGGACUUUUUGAGGCUUGAACAUGUCGAAGGGUAUCAUGGAUUAACCGCCAAAACAAGAACAUUUUUCGCGACUGCAUACGCUAAUUGGGAUGCAAAAUUCUAUGUCAAAGUGGACGAUGAUGUUCAUGUCAAUUUGGGCAUGUUAGCUUCAACUCUCGACAGGCAUCAGUCAAAGCCUCGGGUCUACAUCGGAUGCAUGAAAUCUGGACCUGUUCUUUCUCAAAAGAAUGUCAAAUAUCAUGAACCUGAAUACUGGAAAUUCGGAGAGGAAGGAAACAAAUAUUUUUGGCAUGCAACCGGACAAAUUUAUGCUAUUUCACACGAUCUUGCAGCAUACAUCUCCAGCAAUCAGCAAAUACUACACAAGUAUGCGAACGAAGAUGUAUCACUUGGCGCUUGGUUUAUUGGUCUUGACGUUGAGCACAUUGAUGAUCGAAACAUGUGCUGUGGGACCCCUCCUGAAUGUGAGUGGAAAGCGGAAACAGGCAACGUGUGCAUUGCGUCAUUCGAUUGGAGUUGCAGUGGGAUAUGCAAAUCCGUAGAAAGAAUCAAAGAAGUUCAUAAGAAAUGUGGCGAAAAUCGCGCUGCACUUUGGAACCGACCAACAUUGAAAAUUUGAGAUGCUAAAUUGUACCCGAGAAAUCACACACGACAAUCAUGGAGAUGACCGCAGUCGACGGUUUCUCUCAAGGCAGUUCUUGUGAGUCUCCAUACAAUCACAGAACACCUUUGUAAAAGCUGUCGCAAGAACAGUCGUAUUCGAAAUUUUCAUAUUUAAAAAUUGAAGUCUAUUAUUUAUAAAGUAUUUAUAUGUUUGUUUAAUGGUUCAAGUUACAUUGUGCGAUAAAGGACUAGAAUGAGUUUUAGUAUAAAUAAAGGGUUAGGGUUAUUGUAUUUGUGCGCUUCUAUUAUUUAAUAAUAAAAAGAGUCGAACAGUUAGUUCAAA